GGUUAGUUAUAUUGAAUGGAAGAAACUGAAUGAGUUGUUUAAUACUUUCCUUUAUACAAGGAAGGUCAUUAAAAGUAUAUACCACAUGACAGCCGCAUUCUUUCUUCAACUGAUUAUUUUAUACCUUGUGUACCCUGGCUCUACGUGCAGGAAACACCUCUGUUCACAACCAGACAAUCUCCAUGAACGAUUCCUCAGGAUAAACAAAGGACUGGACAUUAAAAACAUUCUAAUGGCAGAUCAUCAAUAUAAUAAUACCCAGGACAUUUAUCAAUUACAAUUUCUCAGCAAGGCACAUGAAAUAAGUCGAAAGUGUCCAACAACGACAUUAAAGGGAGAUUACCCAGUCAUGUUCCGAUCAACAUGUCCAUGGUUCCUCGAUACUGAUAGUAAUAAACACAGAUACCCGAAAGAUAUUAUAUUUGCAAAUACAAGAUGUAAUAAAGGAUGUAUAGGUGGCAAGAAAGGUCAAGUCUGUGAGAAAAUACAAGUUCCAAUUAAAGUGUUAGAGCAAACUUGUUGCAAACAUCACAAAUUCCAAUAUGAGGAAGUGGAAAUACUUCUUCCUGUCGCUUAUACAUGUACUCAGUUAAAAGAAACAACUCAAAGUAUAGAAAUUAAGUCGUAUGGAACCGACAUUCCAAUUGCAUUAUGAUUUAUUGUCUCAAAUUUCAGCGAACUAUGGAUAAUGUCAAAGAAUGUUUUUUAGUCAAUACAGUUUUGCUGUUAACGUUGUCAUUAAUAGACUAACAUGGUUAGUUCAAAGUGCUGAACAUAUAAUCCAAAAAGACAAAAGCGUAAGCAAGUUACAGUCCUAUUUAUAACCAUCUAUGUUAAAUGUGCUUUAAUUUAUGUAAUGGUAAGGUAAAGAGUA